AUGCCGCUAACAACUCACUUUACCCUCAAUACUGGAUCCAAGAUCCCCGCAGUCGGCUUUGGAACUUGGCAGGCUCGCCCAGGUCAGGUUGAGCAUGCGGUUGAAACAGCCCUUCGAGCUGGUUAUCGCCACAUAGAUUGUGCCGCGAUAUACCGCAAUGAAGUCGAAGUAGGACAAGGCAUUCGUGCUAGCGGAGUGCCUAGAGAGGAUAUUUUCAUUACUGGAAAGCUCUGGAACACAAAACACGCGCCUGAAGAUGUUCAAAGCGCAUUGAACAAGACCCUGAAGGACCUUGGGACAGAUUACCUAGAUUUGUUCUUGAUGCAUUGGCCGGUAGCUUUCAAAUCUGGAGAUGAUUGGUUUCCAUUGGAUCAUGAUGGUGUUCAGCUCUCGGACAUUGAUCCAGCGGCGACAUAUUCAGCCAUGGAAAGCCUACUGCAAACAGAAAAAGUUCGAGCCAUUGGUGUUUCCAAUUUCACCAUUAAGCGUCUCGAAGAUCUGAUGAGCAGAACAAAAAUAAUCCCAGCGGUCAAUCAGAUUGAGGCACACCCUUAUCUCCAGCAGCGCCAGUUGUUUGACUUCUGCCAGUCCAAGGGUAUUCUCAUCGAGGCCUACUCUCCUCUCGGAAACAACCAGACAGGAGAGGCUCGAACAGUAGACGAUCCACUGGUUGCGGAUUUGGCCCAAGAACUGGGCUGGGAUAUCGGGCAAGUUCUCUACUCCUGGGGUGUACAACGCGGAACGGUUGUGUUACCUAAAAGCAUCACACCAGGUCGAAUUGCGACCAAUUUGCAGGUCAAAGAAUUGCCUCAGAACGCUUUCGAGAAGCUAAACGGACUUGAGAGAAACAAGCGAUAUAACUGGCAGUCAUUAUGGGGCUUUGACAUCUUUCAAGAACUUGGACAGGAUGAGGUUGUACGCAUUGCUAGAGAGGCAGGACCCGAAAACCUGAAGAAGUUUGCAAAAUAG